AUGCGCAAGACAGUAAGAUCACAACCAGUCCCAGGUCCUGCAAAACAUCGUUUAUUGCUUGUUCUUUGCCAGGUAGUCGAUGUUUUGUUCGAGCGGAAGACUGGUGCAUCAUACAGAUUGGCUUGGCCCUCGGAGCAAAAGAUCUGCGCAUUCUCUCCACCACAGCCGUACUCGCUCGACGACAUUGACUCUGACCCUACCUUUCGUGGCCUAACAAUCCGCACGAAGCACCUUGACUCCCUUCGCACCAUAAUCUCCCUGCAGCGCAGCCCAGCUCGCGUCACACUGCAACCGACUGCCUGCGGAUUUAUCCUUAGUUCUCAGAUGUACGACGACAUAACCUCAAGAGAGCAUUUCCUCGAUUGCUGUGGGCGUUGAAAAGAUAUUCGAGAGCAGCAAGAGGCAUCUGUCAAGGCCCUUCAUAUGGCUACCACUGCGCAAAGCCCGGUCUCGCAAACCACGACUGUUACAAAUGGCGACCCGCAAGAUUUGCCUCCGCCUGCGCCGGCGGCGAAGAAGCCCAAGGCGAAGAAAGAUAAACAACUGAGUGCGGAAGAGAAUGCGAAAUUGGUCCAGGCACGAUUAUCGCAGCUCGAGCAAGAAAAGGCUGGCGAAAAGACUCAGCAGGCGGAAGUCGACCGGGAAGUUAAGAAGGCCCAGCGGGACCUGAAUGAGUUGAUUAGUAGCGUCGAGGCACCCUUGAGCCGACUUGAGGUGGUGCAAAAGAAAUAUGAAGAGCUGUUGAGAGAAAUGCAGAAGGUAGAACGCGAAUACCAGAAAACAAAGAAGCGGGCCGAUCAAUUACAGAAAGAGCAGGAGAAGGGCAAGUCUGAGUUUAACAAGACCGCGACCAUGAAAGACAAGCUGGAAAAGCUAUGCCGCGAACUGACGAAAGAGAACAAGAAGCUCAAAGACGAGAAUAAGAAACUUGAAGAGACGGAAAAGCGGGCUCGUGAGAACAUCAACGAACGACUGGAUCAGAUGCUUUACGACGUUCAGGAAGUUAUGAACUCCAAGACGUCCACUCAUUCUGAGAACCUCCAUCUAGAACUGGACGAGCUAUUCAAGACGCGGUGCAAAGUACUAGCGGAUCAAGCAGAUAUCCGAGAGAUGCACUUCAAAGCCAUACUCCGACACAAAGACGCCGAGAUCGCUCAUUUACAAGCGAAGCACGAAGUUGAACGUCGGAGAGCAGACGCAGAGGCCGCACGGUGUAGAACGCUUACCAACCAAGUCUCUACUUUUACGCACACCGAAGCAGAACUUCGGAGUCAACUCAACAUCUACGUCGAGAAGUUCAAGCAGGUGGAAGAUACACUCAACAACAGUAACGAACUCUUCCUCACCUUUCGCAAGGAAAUGGAGGAAAUGUCGAAGAAGACGAAGCGGCUCGAAAAGGAGAAUGCGACGUUAUCGAGGAAGCACGACCAGACGAAUCGCAACAUUCUUGAAAUGGCCGAGGAACGUACCCGAGACAAGGAAGACCUCGAGCGGCUCCGUAAGCAGGAGCAGCAGAUGCGGAACAUCAUCAAGACCAUGCAAGAGCAAGGCCGAGGUCCUCCCAUCCAACAGGAAUUGAUCGAAUCUAGUGAGUACGACGAAGAGGACGAGGAAGGUUACGGUGAUGAAGACGAAGAAGACGACGACAUUAGUUACGAAGACGAGGAGGAGUCCGCGGUCGAGAUCAGCAAACCUGUAUUCGGGCCGGUGCCUCCGCCGGAGAUGGUCGCCAACAAGGCUAAUGGCCAGACAGCUUCGGCGCUGGUCAACGGCACCAAACAUUAGGACUGCAUGUUUUGGCUAUCCAUCUUAUUCUUCUGGUGCAUUUAUAUGUCAGCAGAAGCAGAAGGUCGUCGCACAAUUGAAGCACAUUGAUAGUGUAUUUGUAAACUCAUCGCAUUCCUUGGUCCUCACCUGGGAUUACAGCUUACUUUGUGGUGCUUUGAUAUAUGUGUGUCCUAAUCUCAGCAUAUCCACCGCUUG